CUAGGAUUUGAGACGCAGCCUCUGAGUGAACGAUGAUUGGUUCAAACUUUGGAUAGUCUUGUAACUUUUCUCAAGUUAUUGUAAAAGUUAAGCAACGGAGAGCGAGCGCGUCUGCAGGCUCUCUCUCUCUCUCUCUCUCUCUCAAGUUUCCAUGUGGAAUAUAGCUUUAGUUAAUUUUCCCCCGGAAUGAUUUCCGCUAAUUAUCAAGGCAAAACGUCUUCCGAUGAAGAAGAUGAUGAUCAGGGUUCACGGUCAUCUCCGCCGGAGCGUUCAGUCCGGACGCAAAGUCUCCCGUUCAGCGUCGAAGCCCUCAUGUCGAAGAAAGGACGGAGUGAAUCAACUUCACGAGAUCCGAUUCAGAUGCCCUUCAUAAUAAAUCCGGACGAUCGAUCAGUGAUCUGUUCAGAGUCGGUGGAUUUCCCCAAACGUUGUGAAUCUGUCAGAGAGGACUCUUCCUGGAUCAAUAAACCCAGAUCAUCACCACGACCGCCGAGUCCCGCGACAUGCACUCUCCGAAAACACAAGACGAACCGUAAACCCCGAACCCCUUUCACCACUGCUCAGCUCUUGGCCCUGGAGCGGAAGUUUCGUCAGAAGCAAUACCUGUCUAUCGCAGAACGCGCCGAGUUCUCCAGCUCUCUCAGCCUGACCGAGACACAGGUGAAGAUCUGGUUCCAGAACCGAAGAGCGAAGGCCAAGCGGCUGCAGGAGGCAGAGCUGGAGAGGCUCAAAAUGACCAGCAAACCCAUCUUACAUCCCGGCCUCACUCUGCCGUUUCCACUCUGUACGCAGACCCAGACAGCAGCUCUCUUGUGCGGACAGUCUUUCCCCUUCAGCAGACAUAUGCUGCCCUUCGCACCUGUAGGAAUAUAUUCCACACCGGUGGGUUACAGCGUGUGUCCUCUCUCCAAAGACGGCUUCUCUGUGGAGCCAGUGUAGAGGAUCUAUUCUCUAUUCAAGAAAACACUUCUAGUUCAUCUGCUGGACGUACUGACAUUUUUAUGUUUGAUAGGGAGUUGUAAAAUUUUAUAUAUGCUUAGGAUUAAUUACAUUUUUGUUUUUCAAUUUCAUUUUUGAAUGCAGCAUUACACUCUUAAUAAUUAACGAUCAAAAAUGAGGUUCACGGUAGGAGAUCACUAAAGAACCUUCAAGAGCACAGUUCUUAAAAUAACUAUUUUUCUUAGUGUAAAGAAUAUACAUUUUUUCCACAAUAUAAAGAACCUUUUAUUCAAUCAGUGUUUCCAACUUAGCAAUUUUGUUGCUAAAUUUAGCAACGUUUCACACUACCCUUGCAACUUUUUAUUCCAAAAGCACCUAGCAACAAAUUUAGCUAUUUUUACAAUUUAUUUGGCAACUUUUAGCAACUUUUGAUAAGUUUCUCAAAUGAUAAAAAGGCACAUAUUUUCCAUCUAAAUUAUACAAAAUGAGGAAACUAGAGAUGCCUAACAUUACACACAUCACAUGAAUUAAGUUAGCUGCUAUUAGCAAUUGCUCAAUUUAAUAAUAAUAAUUGAAUAAUUGUUAAUUUAUGAUACACCAUGUUAGUAGCUUGCACCUGUGAUUGUUGAUCAGUUAAUACACUGUAAGAAAAAUAUCUAGACAAAUGGAAAAGGUACUAGUAAUUUUCCAGGACAUUAUCCGUUGUAACCCUGUAACGCAAAAACACAAAAUAAAAUGCAUAAUUAAAACAGCAGGUAAAAAACCUGUGAAAAAUCAAUACGGAAAAUUCCUUUAUAUUAAUAUAGUAGAUUGUGCCCUAUUUUUACAGAUAUUUUCUUAGAGUGUAGCAUAACUAACUAACUGCUAAUACACUGUUUAAAACUAUAAGUGUUCAGAAUGUGUAGUUUUACUAGUUUACUAGCUAAUAAAAAAAAAAGAAUAAUAAAAAAUUCAAUUGUAGGCCCUAAUUCUUCAAAAAUGUGUAAGUGUUCAAUAAUUCAAUGUUGCAUUUAAAAAUACAGUUAUAUAUAUUUUAAUAUUAUGUUACGUUAUAUUAUUUUACGAACAAAUCUAAAUCAACAUAUAUAAAAUAUUUGUUUUGCUGAGAUUUUGUGUCAUAAUUUCGUAAUGAUGUCAUCGUGCAAUGACAUCACAAGGUCAUCUAGCAACUUUUAGCAAUAAAUUGACCGUCCUUUAGCAACUUUAGUUCCUUUACCAAAAUUAGUUGGCAACACAUGGAAAAAUUCAAUGGAUGAUAAAGGUUCUUCAUAGAACAAAAGAUUCCAAUUAAAAAUCUUCAUUUUUAAGAGUGUUAUCUACUUUGGAAGCCACAAAGAACAAAUGAAACGUAGAUUUGCAGGUUUUUUAAAGUGUCAAAAUGUAAUGCCGCUAUUGUAAUUCUUCUCUAACUUCCAGGGCAUUUUAGGAUUUAUUUUAUGACACAAUAUUUUGCAUUAAUAUAUUGAUCUUAGUGUGAUUUUGAGUCCCACUGAUGAAAAUGUUAAUUAACUAUUAAUUAUUUUACCACAUAACCUUAGAAAAAAGUAUAUUUGUAUGACAAAUCCAUAUUAAAGAUGUGUUUAUGUGUAUAUGCACUUUAUUUUAAGGACCAGUUCUGACCAUUAACUAACAGUUAACUAGGAACUUUGCCUCAGUAAACUUAUAAUUAGCUGCUUAUUAAUAGUUAGGAAGGUAGUUGUUAAGUUUAUGGGGUGAGGGAUCUAAAAUAUGGUCAUGCAGAAUAUUAAUGUGCUUUGUAAGUACUAAUAAACAGCCUACAUGCUAGUAAUAUGCAUGCUAGUUAAUAGUGAGAAUUGGUCCUUAAAAUAAAGUGUUACCCAUAAUAUAUAUAUUUACACUUUGUAUUUACAUUUAAGAAAUUGAAUUCAAUUUUAUUUACAGAAUUUUCUGAUUUAGAGUUACACCAAGACCUGUAAUGCAGGCUGUUGGUUUGUUCUUAAUUGGAAAUUUUAGAGGAAAAACUAUUACGAUUAAACCAUUUUUGCUCAGA